GCGCUUUCUAGACAUAUCGACGGAAACGAGAUAGAAUGCCACCCUAAAUUUAUAAAGUUAUAGCCAAAGAUCCAAAGAUGCAUGCAACCCGUAUGGGUUUAAAAGAUCUAACCACCGAUUGUCUGCUUUGCAUCUUUGACUACUGUUCGGAGGCGGAUCUUCUGUGCCUGUGCAAGGCGGACCCUGCUCUGGAGUAUAUAAUAGACACUCACUAUUUCUACCCACUUUCCUACGACCUCCUACUUUGUGGCCACCGGAAUAAUCCCAGAAUCGAACAGAGGAACCGAAAGCGACAGAAAAACUAUGAACGGAUUCAGGUGUCCAAGAACUGGGUUAGUGGAACCUAUUUCGAACGCCCCUACUUCCACCAUGCCCAGAUGUUUCGCACCAAACUGUGCCUGGAGGCGAACUACCUGUACAUUACCCAUGCAGGCUACUUACGGAAGUACCGGCGCACCAGCUACGAUGCACUGCAGCGUCGCUACGAGGUGGAGUUCAGUACGUCCACCCAAACAGAUAUCUCCGAUUUCGUCAAGAAGCAGGACACCAUAUUCGCUGGACGGGUGUGCGGGUCGUGCUUUCAUUACGAUGCCGAUGGCAUUACGGAACAAAGAAUGCAUCCGGCCAACGAGUAUCUGUACUGCGUGGACUUUGUCAAAGAUCUGUUCGCCACCAGCACCGAUACCUGUUGCAAACUGUGGCAGCGGAACCAGGAGUUCGGCAUGGCGCACUUCGACAUGGUGAUGAAUUUGCCGCACGCCUUUAGGUCCCUUGAACUUAGUUCAGAUGGCCAGUGGCUAUAUGGGGGUCUCUACUCGGACAAGGGUGACCGCCGGGCUCUGAGGGCUGUCCACGUGGAAAGUGGCGAGGAAAAGGUUUUCAACUCAAACACAAUGGCCAUUUACGACCUAAAACUGAAAGAUGACCAAGUUAUUUUCACGGCGAACUUCGACGCAACGUUUAGGAUGUUUGAUCGACGCAUCGAUCGAGAUGUGGCAAUUUGGGAGGAUCCCUUCGACUCUUCCUUUUAUUCGCUGGAGUACGAUGGACUGUAUGCGGCGCUGGUCGGCACCAACAGACAUUCACGAGUCAAUCUGUACGAUAUAAGAAUGCCACAAUAUGUACAAUUAUACUUUCCGGGCAGGACGCGAGAGCACAAAGCAUUUUCACCCGUUUACAGCCUUGCAUGUGAUAGCCAAUAUAUGUUUGUUGCCACCGAUCAUAACCUUCGAGUGUUUGACUUUAAGGCAAACUGUGGAAUUCGGAGGGACUACAGCAAUAUUAACGGACUUAUGAAAAGAUAAUUAUAUACAUCUGAUCACCAAAUAUACUUGUAAAAUGUAGAACACCUA